AAAGCGAUCUUUUUGUUCCUACCCAACGGUGCAAGCUUCAUGCCAAUGAUGAUACGACGUGAAGAGGGCGAGGCCACCACACCUUCGAAAGACCGCCCAUGGAAUACUACUCGACCCUUCGAUGACGUACUCGAAGUUGCGCUGUAAAGCUUCUGUUUGAUCCUCAUCGUCUACUAAUGAACAGGCUGCUACCAUCUUAGCUAACCAUGCAGCGACCGAAGAAGGCGACUCACGCGGCUAUAAGUCGAUUCAUAGCGUCUAUCCUACCCGCGAAAGAGAACGAUGUCCCGCGCCUCUACCACGUCCCUCGAAACCCGCGAUAUGACCCCGAAACGGCAGUCAUCGAGCAAGUCGUACUGAGCGUUACCCCGACACCUGGUGUAUACACAUUGAUAGGCUACCCACACGAUGAACCGGACGUCGAACUGAGAGCACCCGCUCCCAAACCGCAUCUGCGCCCACCGCGAACGUUAUGUUUUCUUCAUCGGCCAUUCACGCUCGACCGGCGCAGCGUGCGCAAAGGAACCCUUGUGAUCUCGAGUCAUACCGCUUUUGACGAGGUCCUCACUGUGGGUUGGAAUACAGCAUUGGCAGAGCGGCUUGGUAUGAACGUGGGCGAAAGCCUCUGCGUGCAGGGCUACAAGGGCGAUCCCGAGAGGAAGAUUGGGAUUGUUGGUCAAGUGGCUCAACACCGGGACCUACUUGUAGGUCGUAUACAGCAAGAAUUCGGGAGCACAGAGCUCGUGCAAGCGGGAUUGUCAGAUGAGAUUCGCGUUGUCGCUAUCAUGAACGCGUUUCACGAGGACGAGGUACAUCGUGUACUGGAGAUGGCUCAGCGGCGUGGGUGGUUAGGUCUGGACACGCCUGGCAAGCACAUGCUGUAUCUUACUGGGCAGCCACGUGUUGGCGGGAUGCAAGCUGCGACAGCGUUAGGCAUGACGGUUGCCUGUGUAGGACACCGACAAGCGGAGGAUUGGGGCAUUCGAUUUCUUGCUGCAGGCAUGCGGACGGCGUUCCCUGGAGUUCACGUACAAGAGGUGUACGAGGAGGAGAUUAUACAGGCGAGAGACAAGAAAGUCGCCGUCUGAGUCAGACUUCGACGGCUAUAGUCCUUGAUCGCUUCGCUGAAUUUGGCAAGAGAAGGACCAGCCGAAGAAGAAUUGAACUUUUCAAGAUCGGACCGCGUGGUGCUUUGAAAAGCUAUCCGCGGCAAAAAAUUAUUACACAAUCAAACAUGCCUUCUCCUCGCCCAUUUGAUCAAAUACUCCCGCCCGGC